CAGUUAUAAUCAUUUUUAAAUGAACUUGACAAUAUUUUCGAUUUAUAAAUACCAUAUUAUAGUGCGCGUGUCAACGAAUUAUUUGCUUCGGAAACGAUAAUCAAAACAAAUGUUUGAUUUGUGAUAAAAGGAAAUAUCCUAAUAUAGUAUAAUUAUUUGUAAUGUUGAUGUAGUAUUAUUUGUCAAAACCGUUGCGACGGUGAGCCUCGUAAAGUGACAAAAACAAAAGAGAAAGUUUUUGUAAAAUCUAAAAAUGGCAGAGACCACCGGCGAUCAAUCUCAUUCUAUACAGUUACCACCUGCGGUUGAAGUAUUUGCAAAUUUAAAAAACGCACAAAAAUUUGCAAUCGACGUAGGUGUUUCAUUGACUAAAAUAGCAUACUAUUCGACAGUUAGUUAUCGCAAGGCAUUAUAUGAUAACAUUGGUUUGGGAAACACUGGAGAACGAGCAUACAAAGUAUUUGAAGGAAACAGAUUGCAUUUUGUUAAAUUUGAAACAAGACAUUUUGCGAAUUGUUUGGAUUUUGUUAAAGACAAUUUAGUAAAUAUUGAGCAAUUUCAUGGAAAAAGUAUUAAAGUAACAGGAGGUAGAGCUUUUAAAUAUACACCACUCUUACAGGAAAAACUAGGUUUAAUAGUGGACAAAGAAGAUGAAGUACGCUGUCUGAUAAAGGGUUGUAAUUUUUUACUGAAACAUAUACCAUGUGAGGCAUUUGAAUUUGAAAGACAUGGAAAUCCUGAAUAUAAAUUUCGAAAAACAGGUCCAAAUAUUUUUCCUUAUAUGCUUGUUAACAUAGGAAGUGGAGUCAGUAUUUUUAAAGUACAAUCAGAUGAAGUAUUCGAAAGAGUUGGUGGUACAGCUACAGGUGGGGGUACAUUUUGGGGAUUAGGUUCUUUACUUACUAAUGGAAAGGGCUUUGAUGAAUUGCUGCAACUUGCAGAACGAGGAGAUCACCGUAAUGUAGAUAUGUUGGUAAAAGAUAUUUAUGGAGGUGAUUAUACUCCUCAAGGAUUAUCAGGAGAACUUAUUGCAUCGUCCUUUGGAAAAGCAAUGUUUGCUAGCAAUAAUCGUGAACAACAAAAAUUCUCAGAAGCAGAUAUAGCACGAAGUCUUCUAUUAACAAUAAGCAAUGAUAUCGGACAAAUAGCUAGCUUAUAUGCGACUGCACAUAAUAUGGAUAAAGUAUAUUUUGGAGGUUAUUUUCUUCGAAACCAUCCUCUUUCAAUGCAUACUGUUUCUUAUUCCAUCAAGUACUGGUCUAAUGGGAAAGUCAAACCUCUUUUUCUUCGUCAUGAAGGAUACCUUGGAGCAAUUGGUGCAUUUUUAUAUGGUACUGAACAUCCAGAGGAACAUAGCUGGUUAGAAAAUUAUGCUGGUUCUUCUGGUUUUAAAGAUUCAAUAUCUUCUAAUCUUGGAAUUAAAGUGGAACAGUUAGAAAUUGAUCAAAUUGAAAAUGCUGUUACAUUCUGUCCAUUGUUAAAAGAUCCAACAUCAUAUAAUCCAGAUACAACAGAUCUUGUUGAAGAUAAAGAAGCUAGAGAUUAUUGGCUUCACUGUUUUGAGGAAUCUGUGGAUAAAUUUGUUGCAAGAGCUAUUCUUAGCCAACCCCAAAAUCCAACAGCAAAAGAUAGAGCAACAAAAUUAAGAGAAAAAUAUAUAAAUAGAUUGCAUUACCUCAAUUUACAACCUUUCGCAUAUGGAAUUCUUACUGUAAGAACAUUACUGGAUACUAUAGAACAUUGUAUGAAAGAAUUUGAUUUUCCAGAUCCUUAUUUAUAUCAAAAAAAGAAGGAAAAUGAGGAAGCAUUAAAACAUUUGAAAGAUCGUAUAAUUGUAUUAGACAACUUAGAUGGAGUAGAAAAAUUAAGAGCUUUAAUAUUAGGAGUUCUUAGUGGUAACAUGUUUGACUGGGGAGCAAAAGAUGUUGCAACUUUAAUGGAAACUACGGACUUUGGUUUUAAAGAAGCACAAGAAAAAAUACCUGGUAGACCAUGGUUAGUGGAUAAUUUAGAUGAAUGGAUACAUAGAUUACAAAAUGAUGCUCCCCAUAAAUGUGCAGCUAUUUUUGUUGAUAAUAGUGGAGUAGAUAUUGUACUUGGAAUUCUACCAUUUGCACGUGAUUUACUACAACGUGGAACCAAAGUUAUUUUAUGUGCUAAUUCUAUGCCAGCUUUAAAUGAUGUAACUUAUCCAGAAUUAGUUGUUAUAUUACGAGAUGCUGCUAAAAUUUGUAAAGUAAUUAAAGAAGGUUUAAAAGAGAACAGGUUACUUGCUAUGGAGACUGGACAAGCUGGACCAUGUUUAGAUUUAAGCCGACUGAAUUUAGAUUUGUGCCUUGCAAUGGUCAAACAUAAUGUCGAUCUUAUAGUUAUCGUAGGAAUGGGUCGUACACUUCAUACUAAUCUUUAUGCUAACAUGAAGUGUGAAUGUUUAAAACUAGCAGUUAUUAAAAACCGGUGGUUAGCUCUUAGAUUGGGUGGUGAUAUGUAUGCUGUAAUAUGUAAGUAUGAAAAAGCACCACAAAAAACAACUUGUGAUAUAGAUUUAAAUAUAAUUGAAAAACAAGUCUAUUCUGAAGAUCAUAUAAAACCAGAUGCAAGUUCAUGUGUAAGUAAAAAAAAAUCCACUGAAGACUCAGCAUAAAAUGAUCAAACAACAAUUUAAAAAUGUAAUUAUAAAAAUUAUCCAUUGAUUCGAACAAAAAAAUAUGAAAUACUACUCAUUUAAAGCAUUCUGACUGAAUUAUUAGUAUUAUUUUAUUUACCAUUAUUCGACAUUUGUAACUUUGAACAAAUGAAAAACAAAUGUUAGUGAAGUUCUAAUAUGAAUCAAGAUUCAACUUUAUUUAGUAGUAACUAUAUAACUAAAUUUAUUAAAUUUAUUUAUCUUUUAUUUUGACUGUAAUUUAGAUAAAUUUAGAUUUACAAAAAUUAAGAAAUAUCUAAUUUUUCUAUUAUCUAUAUAAUUAUACAGUAAGAACUGUGUGACAAUAAUCCUUAUAAUGUUCUUGGUCUAUAUCUAUUUUAACAACUAUUUACUAUUUCAUUGAAAAUAUAAAUGUUUUUAGGAUUAUAACAGAAUUUAUCAGAUUAAUAUCGCAUUAAGAAUGCACUAAGAACAUUAAAAGAACAAAGAAAUGAAAAAUUUUAAUAGUAUAAAUAAUAGCACUGAUAAUCAAGAUAGCAUUCUUCUAAUGUGCGAAAUUUGUUAUUAAAUAUUUUACCAAACAAAAUGAAUAUAUAAAAUUUAAUCAAUGAAAAGUGUAUAAUAUCGCAUAAAAUUAUUCAUAAAAAUUUUAUU